CGGACGACAGGCCGCAGCGCGUGCCGCGAUCCAAGGGCCGGUCGGCGUCGAUUUGCGCCACCGGCGGCAGCUCCAGCAUGGAGGCGCUUCCGCCAACCGAGGCCGCGAACGGAAACGGCGGUACCCCGACGGCGCAGAGAAGGCGCAGGCCCGCCGCGCGGUCGCAGAGCGCCCGGAUGACCAAUAGGAGGAGCGUGCGGUACAGGGGGACCCAACAACAAGGUCAAGGUGACCGUUCGCAAUCGAACAGCGAACCGAAACUGACCGAAGAUUCCACGCCCGACGUUUCGCCGAACAUCCGUCGGAAGGGUUCGCAAAGACGCGGUACUUCGGUGUACCAAAGGAAAUCGACCGCUUUCCUUGACGUGCCGGAAAAUAAGAAAUCGGCCAGCCACAGUAACACGGAGGGUGAGGAGGACGAGGAUAGCUACAGGCUGAGGAGUUUCAGUUUCACUUCGAAAGGGAUUUUCGCCAAACACACCGGAAUCGUAAAUCGGGGCGACUCGUUCAGGAGGCGACGUUCCCGCAGCAACUCCCUAUGUCCGCCGGCGAUGGGAUGCGGAGGCGCCCAGACGCCCUCACCUAUCCUCGACAACCACCUCACCGAAGUGUCCAACUACACGGUGGCCCUUCUGGGAGCGCCCGGAGUUGGCAAGACUGCCCUGAUCAGUCAGUUCAUGACGUCGGAGUGUAUCAAUGCCUACGAAAGACAGAAAGAUAUACUAAUAAAGACGGAAACAGUAUCAAUAAUGCUCAAUGGAGAAGAAUCGGAACUAACCUUCCAAAAUCUCGGAAGCUCAAAGGAAAUCAACCGAAUGAAUCCCCCAGACGCGUUUGUGAUUUUGUACUCGGUGGUGGACAAAGCUAGUUUUCUAAAAGCAGAGGCAGAACUCAACAGGCUGCAGGAUUUCGAAUUGCUGCGAUCGAGACCGGCCAUAUUAGUGGCAAACAAAAUAGACCUAGCUAGAAGUCGAACUGUUUCAACGCAAGAUGGUAAAUGUGUGGCCUGUAUGUUUAAAGCAAAAUUCAUAGAAAUAUCAGUGGGCAUCAAUCACAACGUAGACGAAUUACUGGUGGGCAUUCUGACGCAAAUUAGACUGAAAGCUGAGAACUACGAUGACAGCAGUCACCAGCAACAAUGGUAUAAAAGCAGAGGAAUGGUAAAGGCCAGCAUGAAAGCCAGACAGAUGUUCACAUGGUUAUUCGGUAAAGAGGAUUCGAAAUUUAAAAAUUGCGAAAAUCUCCAUAUCUUAUAAGAAAAUUUUAGGUAAUAUUAACAUUUCUAGCUCUUAAGUUCUCUUCUCCUUCUCUAAUCUUGCGUACGCCAAACAAAUAUUUUUUGGAUUUUUUUACAUAAAAAUACUUAUAUUAAAUUUUGAUCAAAAUUAAGAUUCAUAAAAAAGAUCAUAGAUAACGGAAUUAGACAUUUUAGAACAAGCAAAACUUUUUUAUGAAGAAUGCAUUUUUCUCAAAAUGUCAAUAAUAAAAAAGUUUUUCCUCUUGUAAGGACAAUCCGGGGACAUACUGUAUAAUACAAAAGGAACAGAAAACAAAGUAACCACCUCAAUCUAAUAUUGUCUAGAAAAAAUCCUUCAACUCACUAUAGUAGAAAAAAAGUACCUAACUCUGAUAACAUAGUUCAAAACCCGUUUUUUAAAGAACGUUUAAACAUAAUACCAAAUAUGGAGUUAAAAUCAGGUAAAAGAAAGAAAAAAUGUGUUUUUUUUUCAACCCUGUACAAUUUAUUUAAUAUAGUAUUACAGUAUGUUAAAAAUCCAAAAAUAUUAAUUUGCGUCAUGCCGAAAAGAAAUAAAUGAAAAACGAAAAAAACACACAAUCAAAGAGAAUCAAAUUAAACGCAACCAGAGGGCCAAUAAAUUGUAAAAAAAAUCACGUUAUCCAGUGUCUUCUAUUUGAACCAAAAAUUGUACUGUUGGGCUAGGCCCAUAUUAUAUAUUUAUUGUAUAAUACUUAAUACUACUUCUUAAAAGGCACAAAAAGAUUUUUUUUUUAAUUUUGUACAGUAUUCAGUGUAUGACAGGCUUAUUCAAUAUGUCCUUCUGUUUUUUAUAUAUUAUAUAAUAGCUCUAAAAGCCAAAGGCUCAUGGCUUGAUUAGUUAUCUUUCUCCAUUUGUUUCUGUCUUUCGCCUUUUACUCCAAUCUUAUCCUUCUCAAGUCCUCUUCAACAUCCUCUUUCCAUUUGGUUCUCGGUCUACCCUUCCUUCUCUUUACACCUAUUUCACCUGUUUGUCAUACUAGGAAUUCUUGCUUCAGCCAUUCUUUCAAUGCGUCCCAGCCAUCUCAGUCUUUGUGCUCUUGCUACUCCCGUUAUACUCGGUGCCCGAUAUAGUUGCUUUUAUUCUUAAUUUG